CCGGCCGCGCCGCCUGCGCAGGCGCUGGUUCAGGACUCACACGCCGCGCUGAGGCCCGCGGGCCCGUCAUGGAGGCGCCCACCGUGGAGACGCCCCCUGACCCCUCGCCCCCUUCGGCCCCGGCCCCUGCCCCGGUUCGGUUGCGCGCCCCGGAUGUGGCGCGGCUGCGCGAGGAGCAGGAAAAGAAGAAGGUAGAUAAUGACUAUAAUGCCCUUCGAGAAAGACUCAGCACCUUGCCUGAUAAAUUGUCUUAUAAUAUAAUGGUACCAUUUGGCCCUUUUGCCUUCAUGCCAGGAAAACUUGUCCAUACUAAUGAAGUCACUGUUUUACUGGGGGACAACUGGUUUGCAAAGGGCUCAGCAAAGCAGGCUGUAGGUUUAGUUGAGCACUGGAAAGAACAUGUAAGAAAAACAAUAGAUGACUUAAAAAAAGUGAUGAAAAAUUUUGAAUCCAGAGUUGAAUUCACAGAAGAUUUGCAGAAAAUGAGCGAUGCUGCAGGUGAUAUUGUUGACAUACGAGAAGAAAUUAAAUGUGACUUCGAAUUUAAAGCAAAACACCGAAUUGCUCAUAAACCGCAUUCCAAACCAAAAACUUCAGAUAUUUUUGAAGCAGAUAUUGCAAAUGAUGUGAAAUCCAAGGAUUUGCUAGCUGAUAAAGAACUGUGGGCUCGACUUGAAGAACUAGAGAGAAAGGAAGAAUUGCUGGGUGAACUUGAUAGUAAGCCUGAUACUGUGAUUGCAAAUGGAGAAGAUACGACAUCUUCUGAAGAGGAAAAGGAAGAUCGUAACACAAAUGUGAAUGCGAUGCAUCAAGUAACAGACUCUCAUACUCCUUGUCAUAAGGAUGUUGCAAGUUCAGAACCAUUCAGUGGUCAAGUGAAUAGUCAGUUGAACUGUUCAGUGAAGGGUUCCAGUUCUUACCACAGUGAUGAUGAUGAUGAUGAUGAUGAUGAUGAUGAUGACGACGACGACAACAUUGACGACAAUGAUGGUGAUAAUGACCAUGAGGCUUUAGGGGUUGGAGAUAAUUCUAUACCAACAAUAUAUUUUUCACAUACUGUUGAGCCUAAGAGGGUCCGAAUAAAUACUGGAAAGAAUACCACUUUAAAAUUCAGUGAAAAGAAAGAAGAAGCCAAACGUAAAUGAAAGAACAGCACUGGCAGUGGCCACUCUGCCCAGGAGCUGCCGACCAUCAGGACGCCUGCAGACAUUUACAGAGCCUUUGUUGAUGUUGUGAAUGGAGAAUAUGUCCCUCGCAAAUCCAUCCUGAAGUCUCGAAGUAGAGAGAAUAGUGUGUGUAGCGACACCAGUGAAAGCAGUGCUGCUGAAUUUGAUGAUAGGCGGGGAGUUUUGAGGAGUAUCAGCUGCGAAGAAGCCACUUGCAGUGACACCAGUGAGAGCAUUUUGGAAGAGGAACCACAAGAAAAUCAAAAGAAACUUUUGCCCUUAUCAGUAACACCUGAGGCUUUUUCUGGAACUGUUUUGGAAAAAGAAUUUGUAUCACCUUCCUUAACACCACACCCAGCCAUUGCUCAUCCUGCACUACCCACUAUUCCAGAACGAAAGGAAGUUCUGUUGGAAGCAUCAGAAGAAACUGGAAAGAGGGUUUCAAAGUUUAAAGCUGCCAGAUUGCAACAGAAAAACUAGGCCCUGUCUAGGAAAUGGAAAUUUACAUCCUAAAACCUAGUUGUUCAUUUGUUUAGAAUAUCUAUAGCAAAAUAGGUUACAUGUAGUUUGAAAUAAGGUAUCCUGAGUUACUUUGGCAACAAGCUCUUUUACCCUUACCAGUGGUAUUUGAAAAAAAUCAAGGUAACUGUCUGAAUACUUUAAUAUCAGCUUGUUUUGUUAAUUCUCUGAAUACUGUCAACACUCUUGUCUAAGUUUGCCUUUAUGAUGCAGUGGCGGCAUUUUGAAUUACUUUUCAAAGAAUACUGUUCAUAUGCAUUGUUUUUGUGUUUCAAACUAAAUACAGGCAGUUUUGUGCCAGCUGUGAUAUUGUGCAUACCAUAUGGACCAUUUUAAAGAAAAUUUUAAAAUUUCAAAUAGAUUCAACAAUUACAUUACUUGCUUUCACAUUUUAAAGGCACUUUAAAAAAAUCUACUUCUCUUGUAGGUUUUGCGGCUAGUUGGCUAUUCAAGAAACCUCGCCCCUCUGAAUGUCAUACUGUAAUCUUUAAGGAAGAAAGCUACAUGAAUUAAUUGUACUCUAUGGGAAAAUUUCUUUGGAAAGAUAUUUUGUAAAACUUUUUUUUCCAAGUAAAAACUUUAUGAAACUUGGUCUCAAAAAAAAAAUACUCAAAAGCUAUAUAAUAUAGAGGUCUUAGAUGAUAACAUAUCGUCUGAAUAAACAGGAUGUGGAGAAAUGGAACCCUUCUACUCUGUUAAUGGGAAUGUAAAUUAGUACAACCAUUGUGAAAAACAGUGCAGACGUUCCUCAAAAAACUGAAAAUAGAAUCACCACAUGAUCUGGUAAUCCCACUGCAGCGUAUUUACCCCAAAUAUUUUAAAUCAGUUUAUUGAAAAGAUGUCUGUACACCCAUACCAAGUUAUGGAAGAGUCCAUCAACAGAUGAAUGGAUAAAUAAAAGGUGGUAGAUAGGCCGGGCACAGUGGCUCACGCCUAUAAUCCCAGCACUUUGGGCGGCUGAGGCGGGUGGAUCACGAGGUCAGGAGUUCAAGACCAGCCUGGCCAAGAUGAUGAAACCCCAUCUCUACUAAAAGUACAAAAAUUACAGCACGCCAGUAAUCGCAGCUACUCAGGAGGCUGAGGCAGGAGAAUCACUUGAACCUGGGGGGCGGAGGUUGCAGUGAGCCGAGAUUGCUCCACUGCACUCCAGCCUGAGUGACAGAGAGAGACUCCAUCUCAAAAAAAAAAAAAAAAAAAAAAGGCUGUGGUAGAUACAUACAAUGGAAUACUAUUCAACCUUUAGAUAUAAAUUCUGUCAUUUGAGACAACAUGGAUAGAAUUGGAGAACAUUAUGCUAAGUGAAAUAAGGCACAGGAAGACAAAUACAGCAUGUUCUCACUUAUAUGUAGAAUUGAAAACCAUCAAAAUCAUAGAAGCAGAGAGGAAAAUGGUGGUUACGGAAGCUAUGGGCCUGAUGAUCAAUGGGUACAAAAAGCUACAGUUACACAAGAAGAAUUUUUUUGUAUAUGUUUGAGAUAUAUUGCAUAGUGUGGUGAAUAUAGUUAAUAAUAGGGUAUUGUACAUUUCAAAAUUGCUAAGAGAGUAAAUUUCAAACAAUGUUAAAUAUUUGAGAUGAAGGAUACACUACAUUCUAAUUGUUCUACAUUGUAUUAGCAAAUUAUAACAUCACUUUGUACCCUAUAAAUGUAUACAACUAUAAAUUGACAAUUCUAAUUUUUAAAAAAGAAAAAUAAUCUUGAGACUCGUGGCUUUACUCAGGAGCAAAAAUGAAUACUAUAAUUAUCUUCCAUACAAAGAGAAAUUAAAACUUUGAUAACCUGAAGCCAUCAAAGUGAGACCGGGACAGACCUUAUUUCAAAAUUCAAUUUACUUUUUUCCAAUGUAAAACACUUAAAUUUAACAAUAAAAUUGAAGGCAGCUUCAUGCUUAUAAAGUAAAAAAAGAAACAUUAAUCAUACCAUAGAGAAUUGAUGUUUAAACUGAUGCUUUAAUAGACUCCAAGAAACAAGUCACUCACAAAGAGUCACAUUUAACCCCAAUUUUCAUGUCAAUAAAUACUCGCUGGCUGAAAUAAAUCUUAUUUACUGUGUGUGUAUCUGCUGUUUGUGCAGGCCCUCCUCUACUCCACCAAAAAAAAAAAAAAAAGGCAAAAAGAAG